UACACCGCACAUUAAAACCCUUUUGUUCGAAUAAUGUUUUUCUCGCGAUUAAAUUAGUUCGUUCUAUGGCUUCAUUGACUAAUAAUAUUAAAAAAAUACUUCAGUUAAAGGCUAAAAGUUUGUUACUCAAACACUCUUUAAUUGUUUAGCCCAUAUUAUUUACCGGGUUUAACAUAACCUCAAACAUUGCAUUUAUAUCCACGAUUACGCCUAAACAAUACAAAAAUGAUAGGACAAGUAUUAGUUACGUUUCAAAAGUUAUUGGAGAUGCUGCCUGGGAAAAACGUUUCCCUAGGAAGAUCCCAUAAGAUAGUUAUUAUCUCUCUCAGCAGCAUUGCAGCACUGGGCCUACUGGCAAAAUACCUUCGCAGGAGACGUUACAUUUUCAAGAAAGCCCCAUUGAAGAGUGCCACUAAACCUAGAAUGAAUGUUAAUGAAGAUGGGACUAGCCAGGCCAGUACUAGGCGCAGUGGCAGCCCCAGUGUCCGCAGUCUACAUCGUCAAGGUUCGCUGUUGUCUGGUGCGUCUGACAGAAUGUCCGCUGCGUCAGGUUCACUCCCGGGUGUCGCUCCUGGGGAUACUACACUCUUGUCACCACAGCAGCUCGGCGUUAUGGGCAUGGAGGCUCUAGAGACCAGUAUAAACUACUGGGAGGACGCUCUGGCCUUAUACACCACCAAGGGCCCCACCCUAGCUCUGACCAGCGAGGAAGAAGCAGAGUUCUCCAGCGAGCUGCAGAAGUUGGUUGAAGCUGCCUACAGCUUACAGGAACAGUGUGAACUGCUCUUCCUCGACCAGCGCUCUGUGCUGUUCCGUGCCGACAGUUCUGUCAGAGAUGGUCUCUCCGAGCACAGGUCCGGGGACUAUUCCUCUCCAGAGUCGUUUGUGUCAGCGCAGGACCAGGUGGCAGACCUGAGAGAGUUUGAAGAGUUUGUGGACUUGUGUACGGACACAGACCAAUUGCCACUCUACCAGUCUGCGUUGAGACAGUUCGAAGAUGUCGGCAUUCCCUACAGAACUCUAAGGACAGAGAUGGUUCACUGUAGUUCUGACGUGGAAUACCUUUGCAAGCUGCAUUGUAUACGACUUGCAUUCCAAUACCUGUUUAAGGACACCAACAAUUGGACUUGGUUUGCCAACAAUGGUAGACAAGUUCUAUACGACCUACUUCUCUAUGCCGAUAAGGACACAAAGGAUUUCAUGGUGGCGUAUGAAGAGAUGCUGUUGUUCCUACAAGAGAAGGAUUGCUGGGAGGAUGUUGAGAAGGAGUUGAGUGUGAAGGGUGUGAAGGCGAUGACGUUCUAUGACGUUGUCAUGGACUAUAUCCUCAUGGAUGCCUUCGAAGACCUGGACACUCCUCCGGCUUCCGUCACCGCAGUUGUUCAAAACAGAUGGUUGUCCAAUGGAUUUAAAGAGUCUGCGUUGACAACAGCAGUGUGGUCAGUUCUAAAGGCUAAAAGAAGAAUGUUAAAGUACCCAAAUGGAUUUAUGGCUCAUUUCUACGCCAUUUCAGAACAAAUGUCCCCCUUGAUGGCUUGGGGAUUUUUAGGGCCUGAUGAGGGCCUAAAAUCCAUCUGCCUUUAUUUUAGGGAACAGGUAAUGGGAUUCCUAACAGAUGCCUUCAGUUUCCAAAAAACGAGGUACACGACAGUGGAGGAAUUAGCAGACGACGUUUUCAAAUUCAUCAAAGUCAGAGUAGAAAAUCUCAGUCGAAGAUUAAACUCCAGGGAAAUCCAAGCCAGUGUUUAAGAUGUAACAAGCUCGCCUUCAGAUGCUACACGACUGCUCUGAAGUAGUAGGAACUAAAUAACAGUCAGUCUGUUGGUAUUGACGAUGACUGAAAACUGUAAAUGAUAAGUUGUUAGUUUGUUUAUUUAUAAGCGAGGUAGUUUGGCUAUGAAUCUUUGAGAUUUAUUAAAUCAUUUCUGUCAGGGCUAUAUAUGAGAGGGAUACAGUGGAUUGACAAUUCCAGGAUCUCUCUCACUUUCUCUCUCUCUCUCUGUCUUUAGACAACAAGUUUCAACUAUUUACAACAGAAUAGUGUAAAGUAAUCCUAGUUCUGCACAGUUUUUCAUUGUUUUGGUUGUAUUUUGCUAUUGUCUAUGAAGUGGAGAGGGUUAGCUCUUUGAGUGCCAACGUCCGGGGAACCAGACGUUUUUAAAACGAGCCAAAAGUGCCAACGUCCGGGGAACCGGACGUUUUUAGAACGAGCCAAAAGUGCCAACGUCCGGCUGACCGGACGUUUCGUAAUGAUCGAACAGUUGUCAUAACAACCGAAUGGAUACUCAGA